AUGCAAACUACUGCUUACCCAUGGAUUUUAUUGGGUGAUAUGAACUUCAUUCUAAGAAAUAGAGAGAAAUCUGGUGGCAAUCCUCAUUCUCAAAACAUGUUGAACAAUGCUAAUGAUUUUGUUAAUGCUCUACGUGUUCAUGAUAUAAGCUUUUUUGGCAAUUUAUUUACUUGGACCAAUAGGAGACAUGAUGCUGAGUUGAUUCAAGAAAGGUUAGAUAGAUUUCUAGGUGAUGAAACCUGGUUCAAUUUCUUCCCAGAUUGUCAUGUCUAUCAUCUAGCUACUAUAUCUAGUGAUCAUGGCCCUAUUGUUCUUACCAGUUCAAAACAGUUAAAUUCUGCCAAGAAACCAAAUAAAUUUAACAAAUGUUGCCUUAGGGAUUCCUCUUGUAAUGAUAUUAAUGUUGAAGAUGAUUACUGGAAGCAAAGAGCUAAAGAUGAUUUGUUCAAAUUUGAUAAUAGAUAUACUAGUUAUUGUCAUUCUAGAGAUAAUUUUAGAAUGAAAAAAACUAAUAUUGAAUUUAUUAAGGAUAAUACUGGUGUUUGGUUAACUGGUGGACAUGGGAUUGCUGUUAAUCUUAAAAAUCAUUUUUCCUCUAUUAGUAGAACUAGUAAUCCUACUCACAAUGCUAGGCUUUUUUAUUGUGUUAAUGCCUGUGUUACUAAUGCUGAUAACUUGUGUUUGAUGAGAUUACCUUCUAAAGAUAAAAUCAAGGAUGUGGUUUUUAGUAUGAAGCCCUGGACUUCACCUGGACCUGAUGGUUUCCCACCAGGGUUUUACCAGAAUAUGUGGGACAUAAUUGGAGAAGAUACUGUAAAAAUGGUUCACUGCUUCUUUUAA